AUGGAUUUAGAGCAAAAUGGGAUUCAACGCCAUCACAAUCACAAUCAUAUGGUUGGCACGCCGGUUAACCGGCGGACGGGCAUUGCCAAGUGCAUCUGCAAUUGCCUGUCUCUGUCUCGGUUCCUACCUUUUGUGAUGAUCUGUGCCUUGUUCACUUGGGGCAUUUACGUCUACCUGUACUAUGUCAUCUUUCAAGGCUACGAGUCAAUUCUACUCAGAAUCAUUCUUAUUCUGUUCUUCCUACCUUUGUACAUUCUCUCUGCCUGGUCAUACGUCCGAACUGUUUUUACCGAAAAUCGGCCUAUAACAGAGGAGUACUCACUCUAUAACUUGCCUGUUUCUGUGGACUUUGAAAAUACUGCCGAUGAUGUGAUCAAUCAAGCCCUUGAAAGUGUGAUCACUAUUCGUAACUUGCCGAUUUAUACACGUUCAUUUGGCGGGUUUGUUCGUUACUGCCGCAAGUGCAUGAUCAUCAAACCCGACCGCUGUCAUCACUGUUCAACAUGCGGAGCUUGCAUUCGCCGGAUGGACCAUCACUGUCAUUGGGUCAGCAAUUGCGUGGCUUUUGAUAAUUACAAGUUCUUCCUGCAAUUUCUUGCUUACACUGUUGCCUUGGCUUUAUACACUUCAGGCUCUUCGCUUCCUCAGUUUAUCAAGUUCUGGAAGGAUGAAGAAUUUCCAGGCCGUUUUCAGGUUUUCUUCUUGGUCGUCUUCUGUUCUGUCUUUUCGCUUAGCAUACUCUUUCUGCUCAGCUACCACAUUUACCUUGUUCUAAAGAACAUGACCACCCUUGAGGCGUAUCAGCCUCCGCGUUUUAAGAAUAGUGAGCAGGAUCAGUACCGUUUUAGCCUUGGUGCCUCUCGAAAUCUCCGCUACGUCUUUGGUGAUAACUGGCUUUUAUGGUUUAUUCCCGUCAAAACAAGCUAUGGCGACGGACAGAGUUUUGAUCUUCGCUUGAACCCAGCUCAAUUCGACAAGUCAAACUCUUACAAUUACCCUCCGAGCAAUCAGAUCGGAGAGUCUUCUCCGAUGACGACAAGUCAGCAGCAAGUCUAA